UUGCGGUGUUGCAAUGGCCUCUCGGACUUCUCCGUGGCUUGGGGUGCCCCCGAACCGUCUGUGGGCCGUGAGGCCUGGCAUCUACGAGGACGAGAAGGGGAGGACCUGGGUAACCGUGGUCGUGCGGCUCAGUCCCUCCCAGAGAGCUCGGGGCAGGGGGUCCCCGGGCAGCACACAUGAACCCAGCAUCACAGUGCACCUGUGGCUGAUGCCAGUGCACCCCCAGAAGCCCAUGUCCCCCAGCCAGCUGACCCUCUCCCAGCUGCCCCUCACGUGGCAGCUCUACUCUGGAAGAAGGUACAGAGCAAUGGACUCCAGGCUCUGGGAAGUGGUGGACCAUGGCCAGAUUGCCUCCACAGAGCAGCUGAUCCUGGCACAGCUGCCCCCCAGGGAGUGACUGACGGUGGAGAGCCACUCUGGGCUGAUGCUCAUGGGCCGGUACGGGCAGGGUGCGUGUCCCGCAGUGCACAGAGCCGACAAAAGCAAGGAGGCUUCUUCUCUUUACUGGAAGAUGGUGCUGGUUUCCUUUCCCUCCUGCUGCUCCCUGAGCUCAUCUCACAAAGCCAACCCCAGCCCGCCCUGGUCUCUCAUUGUCACUGUGAACCAGC